AUGGGUCGUCCUCGCUAUUCUAUCAUCUUACUCUUUAUCGCCGCAACAGUUGUAGGGCUUGUCUGGUUUGCAGACCCUCUGCGUCAAGAAAGUUUGGGUAUUGUGAAUCGCAAGUCAAGUGAGAGCGAUACUCUAGUCGUGUACAUCUACUAUGAUGGUACGAGUUCGAAAGCGGAUACGGAGUUCCGUGUAAAGGGUCCGCAAGUUCCUGUCCAGACCGACAAUCUUCAAUUCUUCCUUCGGCAUGGCCUACAGUCUAAUGUAGAUUAUUUAUUCAUCCUUAACGGGCAUGUUGACGAAGGAAUACGUUUUCCUGAGCGUUCAAACAUCCAUAUCAUUCGGCGAGAAAAUAAAUGUUACGAUAUAGGGUCCUUCAAAAUUGGGGUCGAAAUGCUGGAAAAGCAACUAAAUCGCAGAUACCGUCGGUUUGUGAUGAUAAACGCCUCUGUCCGUGGACCUUUCAUGCCAACAUACACGAAGGGCUGCUGGACGGACCUGCUGCUCAGUCGGUUGAACGAGAGGGUCAAGUUGGUUGGGACAACGUAUAAUUGUCGACCACGACCGCACGUCCAAAGUCAGGUGCUGGCAAUGGAUCGUGACGCCUUCAAUGCCGCUGCGGGGUCAAUGCAGUGCUGGACGAAUAUGCAUGAUGCCGUGAUGAGAGGGGAAGUGCAGUUGACGCAAGACAUCCGAAAUGCUGGAUAUGGCGUAGAUGUGCUAAUGACGAGCUAUCAUACAUCCCCAAACUACGGAACACACUGCACUCAUGAUGAUCCAAACCUUCCGAAAGGAUACUAUGAAAUGACCUUCCAUCCAUAUGAAGUCAUGUUUAUAAAAGCCAACCGGUUACUAGAUGAUCAUGCACUGGCUCUAUAUGCGAAGUGGCACGAUGAAGCGUGGGAUGUUAGUUCAUGUCCGUAUCACAUCAAAUAA